CGCUCCGUGCCCGUCCAUGUCUCGGCCCCCGGCGCCGCCCGGCUCCCCGCGCCGUUUCGGGGCGCUCAGCACCGCGCACCUCCGCGCCCUGCUGCAGGACGAGCCCCGGCUGCAGCGCGCCGCGCGCCUCAGCAGGAAGUUUCAGAGUCUGCAGCUGGAGCGGGAGAUGUGUUUGGCUUCAAACUGUACCCUGGCCAGGGUGAACCUGUCCCUGCGCCCACGGCUGGAGGAUGGGAAGGCUUCCCUGGCCAUAAAGUACCAGGAGCUGCAGGAGAUACGAGAGGCUUGCUGGGACAAGCAGCAGCGCCUGGAGAUGUACCUGGAGAAGUGGAGCCAGCAGAGUGCCCUGGGCCAGCUCCAAGCCAAGCUCAAUGCCUUCGAGGCAGAGUCAGAGGCACAGAUACAACAGUUCCUGGCCCAGGAUCUGCCCCUUGAUUCCUUUCUGGAGUCCUUCUGCCAGAGCCGCACACGUUCCCACAUCUGCCGGACGCAGCUGGAGAAACUACAGGAGCUGUUGCAGAAGGACCAGCUGCACCUCCCAGACAUCGUCUCCCAGCCCUGGGAUACCAGCCAGCAUCUCCCUGCUCCAAAAUCCCCGAUUUGGGCUCGCCCCUGUGCCUUGCUGGACACAUCCCCCUGCUCAGCUCCCAGCCCAUUCACAGGCAGCAGCGGCCACAACACCAGAAGCAGGAACCUCCACACCGGUAGCAGGGCAGGGUUGGGGAACAUCCCUGCUCCUGGCCCUGUGCCUCCUCAGGGGCUGUACAGCAACACCCUAGCUGGGGCGUGUGUAGGGGUGGGUGUGUGGGGUAGACACAGCUCUGAGGGGCUGCAGUGUCUGUUGGGCAGGCACAGGGGUGGGUGCUCACAGGGGGUUGGAGGUGUCUGGCCCAGGGGUGGGAUCGGGCGGGUGCUGUGGCCAGGCAGUGGGUCCUGCACUUGGGGAGCUGCCAGGGGGGUAUGUCUUCUGCACCCACAGCAAGAUGAACCAUGGCAGGAGGUGGGGGCAGGUGGUUUGUGGUGAUGUCAGUGGGGUCAGCUGAGUAGGAGAUAGGAGGGAAGAGGGCCCAGGAGUACUGGGUGCCACAUGCUUUCUGAAUAAAGGCUCAUUUCCAUGCUCUGUGUUA